AUUGAGGAAGAGUGGUGGUGCUAAGUGCAGGAAGGAGGUCAGGCGGUGAUGGCAGCCGGUUGCGAUCUUAUGUCAUGCUCCUGCCUUGUGCUUUGCUUUGCCAGUACACAGAGGAAGCAGUCUUUCACUUGAUCAGGCUGCUUCUAGAUGAGAGCUUUCCAAACUUUUCAUGUCAGUGACAUGCUUUUUAGACAGGCAUCAUUUUGCAAUACACUAAUUCAGUUUUACUAGCAAGCUGGAAGUUAAACUAAGCCCUUUCCAGUCCCGGGAGAAGCGUGGGGAGCGUUUGCGCAACACACUGCAGCCGACACACUAACGUGUCGCGACACACAGUUUGGAAAGCUCUGUUCUAGAUGUUGUGGACUGCAACCCUCACCAGCCCUGACAGUGGCUGAUGGGAGCUUCAGCCUACAAAAACAUGUCACUAUUCUGAGUGACACUGAACAGAUCCACACUGUAGAAGCAUGUGUUGUACCUCUACUUCCCAUUCUAAUUAUUUAGGAUAAAAGAAGUUGUGGGUUGGGGUAACAAGAUUGUUUGUUUGUAUUAAAGUGAGGUUGUGUUGGAAAACGUUAGCUGCAAAAUCAUUAUGAUGGGUGGUGAAAAGGGGCUUGUAAGUAUCUUAGCCGUGUUAGAAAUCCUCUUUCCUUGAGGUCUAGGCUGCCCAGCAUGACGUUCUUUUCCCCAUAAGAGUGAAUUUCACACUGUUCAGUUCUGUGAGAAGAAAUAAGGGCAUGCACUAAAUUGUCAGUGAGUGGUAUCCAGCCUCCAAAGCAAGGGGUAGCAAUGUGGUACCCUAUAACUCCAAUCAUUUCUGGCCAUUGGCCAUGCUGGCUGGGGCCGGUGGUGUUCCCUGACAUCUGAAAGGCACCACGCUGCCAAUCCCUGCUGUAAGGCAUUAAAUACAUUAUUACAGUCACAACAUGGUUUAGGCGUUUGGAAUGGAAUAUUCGUGUUGGUUCUGUCGCGUUACAGAACAGCUUGUGACAUGUUUAAACAGUGUGUUGAUAACCUUUGUGUAACUUGCAUGCCGAGCUUCAAGUUGCAAACUUAAAAGGAAAUGCUUUCUGGGGAAAGAAGUUUGUUCGCCCCCCCCCCCUUAUUAAAAAAAAAAUAGGCAUCUAGCACAGGAAAUACGUAACGUCCGCCAACAGAAGCAUUGGGGUGGUGUGUUACUGCAGCAGUACAUUUGUUGUGCUGGAGCUGGUAAUCUGGAAGCAACUUGAAAAGAAACAGAAACAAGAAUGUGUAAGAGGCAGUGUGGCGUCGUGAAUAAGCAUAUGAGUUGGAAAGUCCAGGGUCAAACAUCUUUUCCGUUGUAAACUCUAGAUGGCCUUGCAAGCUGCCAUGUAUCAGCAUCAACCCUCAGUCUUGCCUGUCUUGCAGUACUGUUGUUUUACUGCAAGAAAAUAUAUGAAGCAUUAUGAGGAGGGCUGUGAAUUCAGAAGCAGCACAUACAUGUGUGUGUGUGUGUGUGUGUGUGUGUGUGUGUGUGUGUGUGUGUGUUCGUUCAUGUUCUUUCCUUGUUAGUCAGUUGUUAGUCAGCACAGGACACACAGACCUGGGCUUAAUCCCACAUAUCAAAUCUCAGAACACACAGGACCAACGGCCAGUAUAGUAACUCGUGAUUACAUAAAACAUUUUUCAUAUUUAGCAAAGCAAGUCUCUGCCCUCCACAUUCUUUCCACCUACAAUUUAACAAUUAUGAAGCUACGGCACUUUCAUUGAUCAUUCAUAUACUGCCUAAGUUACUUCCUAUAAUGUAGUGCUUAAGUUCACUGGGUAAAAUCUAACCUCUUCCAUGAGUUCGCUAAGUGGUAUUAGGCAAGCCACUCUCUUGUAGCUUUUAUUCUACCCUGCGCACCUGCAAUAUGUAUAUGACAGAACUAACCUUUUUUGUAAGGGUGGCUGGGAUUGUUUGAAGUACUUUUGAAUACCGUAGAGCAGGCAUGUCAAACAUGCGGCCCUCCAGAUGUUUUGGCCUACAACUCCCAUGAUCCCUAGCUAGCAGGACCAGUGGUUGGGGAAGAUGGGAAUUGUAGUCCAAAACAUCUGGAGGGCUGCAUGUUUGACAUGCCUGCCGUAGAGCAUGAUAAUAAAGGCUUGAUACUAAUGUAGCUAAAUAAGACCACUGUAGAUGCUUGCAAGUUAGCAGUGAUGCUAUUAAGCACUACAGUACUAGCAAACAUAUUUUCAGCUUGCACUGUUGUGGAUUUCUCCUUCCCACCCCCCAACUACUUGCAUCCUCUGGAUUCUUUCUAGACUGAAGCCACUGCCUCUCUCAUAGCCUUUAUUCCCUUUCUAGACCUCUUUGUUUACUUUCCCCCCUUUCAUGUUCCUUUAUCCUUGGCCUGUGCUCGCAAUGACGUCCUGUUGACCAAAACAAUCGGCGUGCUUUAUUUCAGCAGGUCACGCAGGCAAAGCGUGGGGAAGCCCACUUGGCAGCUUGGGAAAAGAGAGCAUUUGGGCUGUUUGCUGGCUGACCUAAGAACUUGUUUCUGUUUCCCCAUCUAUAGACUAACAUCCAAAUAAAUCCCCAAACACCAUUCAAAAUGAGAUUUCUAAGAAUACUCGAGCAAUGAAAUCAGCUACUGAAAGCGAAGCUGUUGGAAGCUUAAAUGCUUGUCAAGGUUGCUUUAGAUAUAGGUGGAGCCAACCUUAUAUUUGGCAAUUCACCUGCUAGCCAUAAAUGGAAUCCAACAGCCUAUGUUUCCAUGCUGGCCAUGGAAGAUGGUGGCUUUCCUUCCUCUGAAGCCAACAUGGAGAUGCAGUUUACUGGAAGACUAGUAAUAAAAACAGCCUUGUAGGCUAAUAAUUUUUGUGGGCAUAUUUACAAGGCUGAGUCCUCUGAUUGCUGGUUCUAGCAAGGAUUCUGCAGGACUCCCUGGGGCAGAUUGCUCUAUCUUCCACUCUGCUGCCUUUGAUGAUCUCCAAAAUCUGCUGCACCAUGGGGCUACAUGAGAAGUCAUCUUCAUAGGGCUGCUGGUGCCCGCAGGAGCCUGUGACUGUUAGUAGGGGAUUUUCUUCUGGUUGUGCAGGAAAAUGCAAAACAUGACAACUAGAGGCCAAGUUGAAUUGAGAUGGGGACUUUCCACACAUCCCAAAUUGGUGGAACAGCCUGUCCUCCAGGCACGUCCCUUGCUGGCUCAGGUUAUUCAGAUGUCUGAAUUUUUGGUUUUGCAAAGCAGUUGAUUGAUUGGAAUUCCUUGUGUGGCCUCUUGAUGUGCCAGCACAGCAAUAUGCAACUGAUGCUUUGGCUUCUCUAUGCUAGUUCUGGAUUGACCCCCCCUAGCUGUCUGGAUAUAUGUAAGCUACGUUACUUCACAAUCCAUGCUUUAUUCUACAGCAGGCACCUCCAAACUCGGCCCUCCAGGUGUUUUGGGACUACAAUUCCCAUCAUCCCUGACCACUGGUCCUGCUAGCUAGGGAUGAUGGGAGUUGUAGUCCCAAAACAUCUGGAGGGCUGAGUUUGGGGAUGCCUGUUCUACAGCAAGAUCGCUAAGGUCUUUCAGUGGAUCUGCUCCUGUGCCUUUAAGAGGAGCCCCAACAAAUAGUGUAGCUUGUGUGACCUAGAGGGUAAAGUGUUGGUUUAGGACCAGGGAGACCUAGUUUCAAAUUCCCACUCUCAGGCAUGCAGCUCAUUCAGUGAUCAGUCAGUCAGCAUCUCUCUGCCUUACUGAACACCCAAUAGCUCUAUAAAUAUUGAAGCACAGCUGUUCAGAAACUGGGCCAGUGAAGCUUUUCCUGGCAUGGAUGGGAAAAAGCUUCACUGGCUUCAUUUCCGUGCCCGCCAUUCUGCUGUUAUGGCACACUUGGAGCAUUAAACAAGUACGCAGCUGUCUUCUGCCAAGCUCUGCCACUUGACUUGGACUCGGCAUUUGACGGCCUUAUGGCACAGAAUCCAGGAUGGAAGCUGCAUUAUGUAACAAUUCGGAGGAACCUCCCACUUCUGCCGUCCUGCUAGACUGCCGUGCCUUCAAUCAGGUCAUCUUCACAGACAUAGACAAAUACUAUGUCCCUGGAGCGGAUAUAACUUGCCGUUACAACAUUUCUCGGCACAUCACCCCACGCCGGAAGGACUGGGUGGGCAUAUUCAGGGUGGGGUGGAAGACCGCUCGCGAAUACUUCACGUUUGUGUGGGCGCCUUUGCCAAGGAACCCCGACAGCAGCGACGACGAACUUCAGGAGGUGCUCUUUAAAGCCUACUACCUGCCAAAGGACGAUGAAUAUUACCAGUUUUGUUACGUGGACCAGGACGGCCUCGUCCGUGGAGCCAGCGUCCCCUUCCAGUUCCGUGCAGAGACCGAGGAUGACAUGUUGGUGGUUACCACGCAGGGAGAAGUGGAGGAGAUCGAGAAGCAAAACACAACUUUGCUUCAGGAAAACCAGAAACUGAAGGAAAACCUUACAAGCCUUCGGAGCCAGAAUGAGGACAUGCAGGAGAAACUCAAGGCAGCAGAGGAAAAAGCAAAGGAGCUUGAGGAUAAAGUUCAUUUGUUGCAGACUGGGACCAUGGAGCUCCAGAGAGCUCAGGACCUGCAGGCUUUACAGAUGACCUCUGCUCAGACGGAGUUGGCGGCAGUUACAGAAAACAGUAUCAAACUGCAAAAGGAAAAGGAGGAUCUGCAGAGGAACUUGGAUACUUUAAGGAGCAGCAAAGAGAAUCUCGAGGUAGAAGUGAAUAUUCUCAAACAGAAGUUUGCAGCUCUAGAAACGCAGAACAGCUCCACCGACGAAGAACUGUGCCAAGCCAAAGAAGAGAACAAAAAGGUGUUGGCUGAAAAGGAGCAGCUGGAAAAGAAGCUGAGAAAUGCCCUGAAUUGUGUGGAUCAACUUCAGUCCCAAGUGCAGAGUCAACAGAACAAAGUGGAAGACCUGCAAGGGGCAGUUCAAGACAAAGCAAGGCACCUGGAGCAGCUGAAGGAGGAGAAUUAUCAAUUAAAUGCCACCUUGCUUAGACAGCAAAAUUUGGAGAAGAAACUGGAAGAGGAAGCGCUUUCAUAUCAGAUCCUGCAGAAGGAAAUGAACGAAAUGGAAAAGGAGAACAAGAGAUUAAAGCGGGAGAAUGAGGAACUGAUGGUGCACCUUCCUGAAAUUCUGGAUCAUCCACCUGGGGUCCUAACCCAGUCACCAGAAAACUCAGUCCUGGUGUAUGGAAAUCCCUAUACUGUAAACCCAGCAAUUCCUGAGACAGAGUUGGUCUCCGUGAGAAAAUGUCCCAUGUGCAACGAAGUCUUCCCUAAUGACAUCGGGGAGCAGCAGUAUUCAGAUCAUGUGCGAAGCCACCUUCUGGAGUGUCCGUACUGCGACGAGAGCUUUGACAACUCCAAUAAGCAAGUGUAUGACGACCAUGUCUACUGCCACGGCUUAGACUAAAUGUUGGUCUGCUUGCAUAAGCUACAAAGGGAUAGUGCCUCUUUAUCUUACCCCACUCCCCCCACCUUUUAAUGUUAUGACAGAGACUGGCACAGAAGGAUUUCUGUGCUGCUGUUAGACUUGCCAUGCCAGGGAAAAACCUGUUGUUGGGACUGAAGCAUUGUUCAUUUCCUUCCGUCUGUUAUGCACACCUGUCAAAUGCUAAAUGCACUAUGCUUCUGCUGCGGAAAAGGACACAUAUUUCUUGACUAAGUACAUCUUUCAACAGAUGAAAGCUCGUUACAAGUUAUUUCAAAGGGAUGAGCAUUUUAUUAAAAUGAAUGGUGAUUUUCUUCCCAUACAUUUGCAACUGACAGAAACCCCUACAGCAGAAGAGAUUUGGUUCGUUAACAAUAGUUUGUCUAGCUGUCUAAACUAUAGAAAUUCCACCUUCGCUUGCUUUGUGUCCUGUUCUCGGUAAAGGAAGUAGAUAAUUGUGAAACACCCCACAAGUGUAGUAGCAGCCUCACCUGCCUUCAAGCUGUUUUGGACAAAGAUAAGAAGAGAAGAAAGUUUAUGUGCUCGUCAGCAUUGCAUCACAUGUUGGGUGAAGUGCUUCUGAAUGGUGGCAUUAAGGGUGGGAAAGCAGAGAGCUCAAACUUGGUUUCAACUAAAAUACUAGUGUCCAGAAUGCCUAAGUCAAAAUGUCUCGCCCCAUCAAAAAGCCACUUCGCAGAUGCUGUUGCUCUGGUCAACAGCUAGCUUUCCAAGGAGUGGAAGCAUUUUGAGAAGUGAAAGAGGGUUGGCUGGUAGGCCAUAAUUUCAUAACUCCUCAUGCCAUCCCCCAAAGUGACCAUGCCAGCAAGUUUAGUAGCCACAGGAUUACUUUCUCCAGGCAUCUUUCGCUUCCAGGCAGGCAGCUGGGGAAAGAGUGGUAGCUUGGCAUCCCUGAACGGAAUCAGAUUCACCAUGCUGGAUUGGGGCGGGGGGGCGUGUUCUCCUGUUGCUGACCAUUACGCUAUAGGCAGAACUCACCAGAAAGCUGUUUUCUGUGCAGUCCCACUGAAAUGAAUGGGAGCAGUUAAGAACAGCACAUCUUACACAGGUCAGCUGAGGUAAACUCUGUUCAAAACAGUGGUGGCAUGAGGGGGGCGGAAAAUACCGGGAUAGAAGUAGGCCCACGAGGCCUAGUGGAUUCUGUAGUGGCAAGCUCUGUGUGAUAUGUUUUAUGUUUAGGACUUAUCCUAAAUCAUUCACAUUUUUGCGGCAAGACUGCUGUCAAACAGGGCAGUCUCAAUCAGGUCGCACGCCCUGGCGCUGAGGGGCGAAGAUCGCUCCGGCGCCCCCACCCUCGCAGGGCGCAGCAUGGUUUCCGCGCGGCUUUGCCGCGCGGCGCCCUGCCUUCCAGCCCAGCGCCCUGGUGCACCGCACCAUCGGGGGUCUACCUAGAGCCGGCCCUGCUGUCAAAAACACAUUUACUCAGAAAUGAGCCCCACUGAUUUCAGUGAGCUUUACUUCCAAGUAAAUAGUCCUCGAAGGGCAGUCCCAAAGACUCUGGUGCCACACAUGGCUCUAAGCCCGCCCAACAAAUCUGACUGAAGUCUGAGCAUGUCCUUAUAGCAGGUAUAAAGAACCCGUGGGCACCAGAACAGCCCUCAGGUAAACAUUAGGAGAUGAAACUCUCCUAAUUCAGAAUAUGUGAUACGUAGGCUACUUUGUCUCUUCCACAUUCACUUGUUUUGGGUUGAUUUGCCCUGCCCCAGACUGUGAGGCAAUGGCUACUUUCCAGGCUCCUUUGAAAGCCUCCUGUCUCUUUAGCGGCGCCCGUGGAAUGUAAGGCUCGGGGCCUUGAAAUGGUUCUGUUCUAAGAAUUUCUUUUUUAAUCCUCUUAUUUAUCUACCGCCUCUAAAUGGUAACUCAGGAAUCAAAGUGACAACAUAUUAAAAACAAAACAAAACCCCACCUUUUAAUAGAAGAGAAUCUUCAUGAUUUCAUUGCUGUUUGGGAAUUUGCAAGGCUCGAUGCAAAGUUGGGUUCUCUGCUUUUUUAAACAAGCCACCUUCAACUUAUAUUCCUGCUGAUUAGAACUGAAUACAUAUGUAGAAUACUUGUUCAAAAGAAUCUUUUUAAUUUUGAUGUUGAUGUGUUCUAUGCAAGACCAAAAGCUGUAACAUGGUUAAUUGCCUACUGUGUAUUGAUUACUGAUAGACCUCUAAUGUUGUUGGGGGAAAUCCAUUUUGUGUUUUAAUAGCGUUCUGCUUUCAACUACUUUUGAUUAUUGCUUUUUAAAAGCACGGUAUGUUAACACCUCUUCCAAUGCUGAAAAUUGUAAAGUUGUAUUGGUUGGCCUCCUGCAGUGUAAUAUUAAAUACCGUAAGUGGA